GAUAGUACACUUGAGGAAGGGGUUUGUUGUUGUCCUGCCGCUACUGGGCGCUCAGUAUUCCCUUCCCUGCCCUAUGUCCUGUAUGCGUUGUGUCGUAAUUCUGCUCCUAGCGGCGCUUCUGAAUUCUACUGAAUUCUGUUUUCGGUAUUUUGCUACUGAUCCGGAGAUUCAAUGUUUUGUUUAGUUGAACGCGAAUAUUCCUCCAGUAAGGACGCUCUAGUAAAAAUACCAAAUUUACAUCUACAUCUCUGAAAUCAUCAGAAGAUUUAAAAGUUCUCGAUUGGUGGUCACAGUUGAAGUAUCUAAAUUUAUUGAAAUAUGAAAGUUAGUAUCUUAGAGUAGGCUUAGUCCUGAGUGGCAUACCCAGUUUGUGCAACAUAUCAAUUUGUGACAAUUCAAAUUUGUAACGGUCAUUCGAUUACAGACAGUACUGAAGAUAUUCGGGCACUAGUUGCUUUAGUGAUUAAGUGAGUGCGGUGAUAUUUUGUGAAAAACUAGAAAGUGUUUUUCGGUCAUCCAGGCAUCCGGAAUCCAGUCGAUCUGGCGGGAUAUAAUCAAAGAUACCACCACAACAUCAACAUGAUGUCUACAUCCGCAGAUUUCUUCGGACAUCCUUAUGCCCUAUUUCGCGGACCGCCAACAACAAUGCGGCCUCGCGAAAGUCCCAUACCCGCAUUUGCUCUCGAUUUACAGAUUACAAAUAAACGAAACAUAGACACCAUCCCCCCGCCACCGCCGCCACCUGCAACACCGCCUCCAACCAGGUACAGCACUGACCAAGGAGCAAUGGACCAGCAAUUCUGUCUUCGCUGGAACAAUCAUCCGACCAAUUUAACAGGUGUGCUUACCUCCCUGCUUCAAAGGGAGGCACUUUGCGAUGUCACGUUGGCAUGUGAAGGCGAAACUGUUAAGGCACAUCAAACAAUACUGUCAGCAUGUAGCCCAUACUUUGAAACUAUCUUCCUACAAAAUAAUCAUCCCCAUCCUAUAAUUUAUUUGAAAGAUGUGCGAUAUUCAGAAAUGCGGUCAUUACUUGAUUUCAUGUACAAAGGCGAAGUAAAUGUUGGCCAAAGUUCAUUACCGAUGUUUCUUAAAACAGCAGAAAGUCUUCAAGUUCGAGGACUUACAGAUAAUAAUAAUUUAAAUUACCGUACCGAUAAUGAUAAAAAUCGUGAAUCGGCGGCAUCAUCGCCUUCAAGUAAAAUGCAUUUUGAGCGUGAAAGUCGUGAAAGAGAACGCGAUCGCGAUAGAGAUCGUGAACGUGAUCGUGAUCAACAUCGUAGUAGCAGUUUAGGUGCAAGCACCGGAUUAUGCUUAAGUGAUCGGGCACCAAGUGUCGGUUUGGAUCGGGAACGUGAUCGUGCUGAUAGUCGUGAGGAUUUAUUACAACAAGAUUAUAGUAAGGACAGGGAUCGUGAUAGAGAAAUGUCCACAACUCCCGUGGAUCAUAAUAUUAGUAGUAAGAGAAGACGUAAAAACUCAUCCAACUGUGAUAAUUCGUUGACCUCGACGCAUAAUGCCAAUGUACAGGAGAGACAUUACACUCAGGAUUCCCAGGCAUCCUCUCAUAGUAACUUCAAAUCAAGUCCCGUGCCAAAAUCCGAUUCGGAAGAUCCGGUGCGACGUGAUUCGCCGUUGUCAAAUCAAGGAGCUGCUGCUAGUCUCAGUCAAUCGCUUAGUAUUAAACAAGAGUUAAUGGAUGCACAGCAGCAUCACUCGUCAUUACCGCCAGAAUUGUUGCCGCCCGGAUCAAUGAAAUUACAUCCUGAAGAUAUGUCAAGCAUUUUAUCAUCACAUGGCCUUUCAUCAAAUGAUACACGCGAUGAUAAUUCAGACAGUAAACAGCAAUUACAACUUGAUCAGUCAGACAACAUAGACGGCUCGAAGGCCUGGCACAUGCGGCUGACAUUUGAACGUCUAUCUGGUGGAUGCAAUCUUCAUCGAUGCAAGUUAUGCGGUAAAGUGGUAACGCAUAUACGUAAUCAUUAUCAUGUACAUUUUCCGGGACGUUUUGAAUGCCCAUUGUGCCGGGCAACAUAUACGCGUAGUGAUAAUUUAAGGACACAUUGCAAAUUCAAACAUCCCAUGUAUAAUCCGGACACAAGAAAAUUCGAUAAUCAAUUUGUUGCAUCGCAAUCGCCUACUGCAUCACAAAUUGCAGCGGCAUCACAAGCGGCUAUGGCAGCUGCUGCUGCGGCCGCAGCGAAUGCAUUCAAUGCCGCCCAACAGCAAUCACAAAGCAAUUCAACGUCCGAAUGAUACGGUCAGUAUUUGAGCUGGAAUUAUUCAAACAUCUUAAGCUCAGCAACGAAUCCGCUUUUAUGGAAUUUCGAUCACCACCACCACAACCACCUCCAUCACAAUCAUCACAGUCACGAUGAUGAUGAGAUUAUGAAUGACGAUGAGGAUGAUAUUGAUUUUGUAGAAAAUCGCACAAUUGCUAGAGUGGUCGCUACCUCAACGGGAGAACAAGGACAAGCACCUUCAGAAAAUGCCAACUUAAAUGAAUCAACACCAAUUUCAACAUUAUUACUUCCAUCAUCUACUCCUCCAUCGAAUUCAUCAUCAAUAUCAUCAUCAAGGAAGCUUUCAUCAAACCCUACAAUAUUUGCCUCCACUGAGCUAGAGUCAACAUCGCCAAAUAUUUCAACAACAGGAAGUAAUAAUAACAACGACACAUUUAGAAGGCGCAUAAUUUAGAUAGAAACUUAAAAUUAUACAUAUAUAUUUACAGUUUUAGACUAACUUUGAAAUUGCUAUUUUAAAUAAUUGGAAAAAAACAAAAUGUAAGACUCACAUUAAGUACCGGUUCGAAUAAUAUCUCCACAAUCCUCGUAAACCUACAUAUUACUUACAGUUGAACAGAGUAAACUGGUAAGCCAAAUACAGUAGUCAAUAAAUGUAUGUACAUAAGCAUAUCUGUCCAUAAGAAAAGUUAUUAUUAGAGCAAUUGCAGUAACAUCACAGAGCGCAACCAAAGUGUUAUUAUUGUGUCUAAAACAAAAAACCAAUUUUUCAUCAUAAAGCUCACUACCGUUACUAGCAAAGAACACUAUGUGCAAUAUAAUAUAUUAGUGACAUGCCGAGAUCAGAUAGGAAAACCAAAGGCACUUUCUUCAAUUCUUUGAACAAUCGAUAAAUGAUAUAAAAAUGCAAUAGACGCACAGAAACCCCAUUUCAAGCCAAGCCAUCAUGCCAAUUUUUGAAUUUGUUCGAAAAUAUAUCGAAACCAGGAUAUCUAUGUGGAUAUUAACAAAAAAAUUUUAAUUUGGCUUAAAAUUAUCUUGAAUGUCCUUCGAUGGAGAUUGUUAGACAAUCGUCAAUGUUGUAGCACAAACUAGAAUUAUUCUUUCAUUUGGCGCAAGUUUUUUACGGGAUUCAGGAAUAUUUAUCAUAUCUUUUAUCAGGACCAGAAAAUUAGACCAAAGGUGCUUGAAACCAACCACUAAACCAUGUUCCACUAAAAUUGAUUUGUUGAAAAUAUUGAAUUUUAUCGAUUUUGUUUUGUUUCAACGAACUUUAGACGAAUUAUUGACAUAAAAAUAUCUAGAUUCUCCGAAAUACCUCUGACUCUGCAAUAGAAAGCUCUAACGAGAGCCAUUUUUAGGAAACCACCUGAAUUGGCAUUAAUAUAAAUGUAUGCAUCUUAUAUUUCAAUGAAAAAGAUCUGACGAUGAAUGUAAACAUAAAUCCGAAACUCUAAACGGAUAGUAAAUUAUAAAGUACUCAUUCUAACAAUCAUUAAAUAGGAACUGAGGAAAGGAACCAACUGAUCUGAACUAUUUGAAAUAAUAAAAACUUGUUUUUCUUAUUCGCUAGUGUUGGUUUAUAUUUUGCAAAUAUAGAUAUUUCGGGAACCACUUGUUCCCUCCAAACCAACAAGUUUUUAUUAUUUCAACUAAUUAAUCACUGGAAAUACCGCGUAAUUACACUCAGAUGAUCUGAACUAGUUAUCAUGAAUGUAAAAAAAAUAUCCGUGAAGUUAUAUUUGAAUCUAUUUUUUUUUCGAUAUCUUGAUGAUUUCAACUAUAUUUGCAAUUUUUUUUAGUACCAAUUAAGCUAGAAAAAAAUGCUUACAAAUAAGAUCAACACACCUACAAACCUUUUAUUGGUACAUUCGCUUUUUGCUCAAAUUUCAUCCAAUCAUAUUUCUAAUUUCAUAGUUUCAAAUUCAUAUUUCAUAUUACGAGGUUUGCUUUGAGGUUUUCAUUCAAAUUAAGGGCAAAUAACAGAGGGUUUUAUAUAUAAAUUCGCGUAAAUGGUACUGUGCUUCGUAAAAAGGUCCUUCCAAACGCCCAUCAUUUAUCUUAAACAAUAUAUUCGUACUAUCACACCAAGAUUUUCAUCUCCACUUGCUCCCCAACGCAAGAAUCAAAUCUAAAGCUGCAAUCGAUAGAAAAUACCCCUCUUUCUUGAAAAACAUCAUUGACAUUGACAAUUUUCUAACCCAUGCAUGAACAGCCAUACAAUCCACAUUAUUCGCUCCAAACAAAAGUAAAAACUCCGUCAGAAUUUGGUCUCAAUAAACAGUAAUUUCGAUGGCAUACUAUUUCGCGUAAUACUCCUAUAAUAAAACUCAAUUAUUUCGAACCAGGUACUUAAUGUUUUUCCAACAAUGCAUGUAAUACAUACAUACAUUCAGUAAGUUCUACAAAGCAUGAUUCAAUUUUGUUAUUACGAGAAAACCUAGAACAAAAAAAAAGAUUUAAAGUUGAGGCCUUCAAUCUUAGACACAAGCGGGAUUAUUUAUAGUAAUCAAUCCCAAAUAGGACGGUACAUUUUAAUGAGAUGUUUAACAACGAUAUUCUGAUUUUCAAAAUUUAUCUUAAAAUAUUUUCAAAUAAUACGAAUAAAUUAAUCUACUAUUCCUCCAUGAAAAGAAAAAGAUACAAUUAUCGUUGAAACAUCUCAAUCAAAUCAAUAUUUUUAUGAUAAAAAAAAAUGCCACCAUGAAAAUCAUGACAUCAAAAAGGCAUAAAUGAAAAAAGAAAUAGAUGAAAUGAAACCUUUAUAAGAUCAAUUAUUUAAAUUGAAUUCAUUCACUUGUAUAUAAAAAAAGCGACUAAACAGCUGUUUGCAGUUAAAAACUAAUGUUGUUUAUAUUUGUGUUGAGCAUACUUCGAGAUAUAUAUAUAUAAUGAAAUCACUAACGUUGAAUUAAAAUAGAAAAGAAACAUUUUAAGCAAUCAUUUUUCAAUUAAAUCAAAAUGAUGUUAUGAAUGGUUAAAGAAAAUUUAUGAUAAAUUCUUCAAGAUUAUGUAGUUUAAAUAGAAUAAUUUAAAUAUUUAAGUGUAAGUGCACGUUAUUUAACUGUUAUUAAUAUUUAAUAAAAAAAAAACAAUAUUCUUGGUUAAGAUGAGAAAUUACAGAAAUAUAAAUCUAUAUAUAAAACUAUAUAUUUACAACCAAAAACUGAAAUUAUUAUAAUGAAAAAAAUUAAUACUAUAUAUUUUUAUAAAAAUGUUGAUUUCACGUUUUUUAAUUUUAUAUUGGUUAAUUAUUAUUUUUAUAAACGUAUAAUUGAAGAUUAAUAUUUUAUACAUAUAUUAUACAAGCAAGCAAACCUAUAUGCAAUAUUUUAAUUAUAUUUUUUAAGAAUGUUAUUAAUACUUUUUGUUAAGAAUAUUAUUUUCGAUUGUAUGUACCAGAUGAGAGAUUCACAUCAUAAUAUAUUUCUUUUGUAACCAAGUCGGUAUGGAACUUUGAUUAGAAUAUGUACAUAAACUGAAUGUUCUAGUCAUUGUUUAGGCGAAAUCUAAAUAAAAAAAAAACAAAUUAUAUUACAUAUGAAUACAAAUGUAUUCAUGGAAAUAAAAUGCAUUGCAUAUAUUGCAUUGCAUUGCAUAUAUUAUUCAUAGAACUACAAAUCUACAACAAUAGUAUGCAUUUACGAGCAUUCAAAUGUUAUUGCGCUGUCAUUUUUUUUUAUCUACAAUAUCAUCAUUUUUGCCUUUUCUCAUUAAUUCCAUUUCGUUCAGUCCACAUACAAAUUGAAUAAAAUGCAUGUCAUUCUUUUAAAAUUAUUAUCUAUGUCAAUCACAAUUAUCUGUAUAACUUUCCUAAUCCUAAUGUUUCACUUAAUGAUUUUUAAAACGCAUAUGCAUAGUAGUUCCAUACCGUGCUGUUAUUGCCUAGUACUGAAUAUAAUUUCGAAAUAAUGCAGAAAUGCAUAUACUACUCAAAAUCACAUAGAAAAGGGUCAGUUUCGUUAGAUGCAGUUCUCUUCAGUUCCAAGUUGUCAACAUUUUAAUUCGUGCUAGCAUAUAGAAACACUUUAUUGCUUAAAUUCAACUAUUUUGUGUUCCAUUCCUUAAAUCAUAACACAAAUUCAAUAAUGAAAGCAAAACUCCAAUACCAUGAAUUACUCGUUCAAGAAAGGAGGAGUACUACGCUUCUGCUUUCAGGUUAAAUGUUAUAACAAUGUGUAGCUAACAAACUUAAAUUUUUAGGAAAUAUCUUUGAUACUUAUCUAGCUAAUCUACAGAGAUUCAACAAUUUAUAAUAAUUGAGUAAUAGCAAUAUUACUUAUCGUUUUAAAAUACUCAUUUGUCACUACCCAUACCAGAGUAUAUUUUAUGAAACUUCACAAGGAUAUGUUUAAAUGUCCUAUUAAACGGAACUCAAAAAUACUUUAGUAAUAUAUUAUCAAAUAUAUAAUAUGUUGCCAGCAAUUUUGACUAUGGAAAAAUACUAGUAAUCCAAAUAACUUCAAUUAAUAAAAAGCGCGAAUUUAUUAAUUCCAAAAUUCAAGUUAAUUUGAUCAUUCUGAUUUAAAACGUUGGACUUGACCCAUUUUCAUAUGCAUAUCAGAAACAAACUAUACAUAUUAAUAAAUAGUAUAAAUUAAUCACUAACUCAUGUCAACACACGAAUUACACACACAGAAUGCAAUAUAAGAAGCGGGCAUAAAAAUAAUUAGUUAAUAUUUAUAGGUUCUAUUCUUAUUCGUUUAAGAUAGUCUAUUUUUAGUAAUUAAUUAUUUAACACAAUAAUAAUUUGCAAUCUAUCGUUAAUUUAUUAUAACAAUAACAAUGCUGAGGAGAUUUAAAAUCAUAAUUGUAAGCAAUGAACAAUGAAUUCGGAAAGAAAAAAAACUUCGGUUAAACUACAAACUAAAACAAAAUAUAUAAAUAUCAAUUGGGUACCUAACACAAUGAUGCAUCGAUCAACAAAUUGGGUGCGGAUAAAAUGCGAUAUUGGUUAAAUAAAAUUUUGUUACAUAUCUAAUGCCGCAAAAAAGAAAAGAUUGAAUCACUUUCAUUAUGACUUUGGUGCAUAUAUUUCCACUUUUUUUUUUUGUGUUCAUCAAAAGUCUAAAAGAUUGUUAUCUGAAUAUGUUCACAUUUCUAUCGGCAGUUAUUCAGUAAAAGAUGUUAGCUGAUUCUUAAAUAACAAACGAAUUAGGUUUUUUUUAUAUAUUUAUUAUGCUGUAGACGAGAGAAAAACUAAGAAUGUGAUAAAACCAAGUACGGUAUGAUGGUGCUAGACCUCCCAAACAUAACUAAUUGAAAGGUAUGGAAGAAUGGUAAAUGAAAGCCCUAAAAGUAUAUAUUAUACAAAACUAGGCAUAAACGCAGUAAACAUAAUUUUAAUCUAUAAUCUAUUCGCAACAAAAAAAAAUAUAAAAAAAAAAUAAUCGGACCGAACGUGCAAUAUUACUAGUUAUUUUAUUUUUUAAUUGUAUUACUAUUAAUAAUAACAAUAUAAAAAAAAAAAACAAAAGAUUUCAUUUAAAAAUAAUACGAAACUGAAAAUGAUGUUUAAUUUAAACGUUGCAAUGAAAAAAUAUCCGCAUUAGCGAUUGAAUGUUGAAAUAUUUAUAAACAAAUAUUGAUUUAAAAUUUCUAACAUUUUUUUUUUCUUUUUUUGAUUUUUAACGAAACUUUUUUCAAUUUCCGAAACAGCAUCAUUUACAUGUAGCAAAUUAAAAAAAA